CUUCGCAACUUUUGCGGAAACCAACAGAGAGAGAAAGAGAGAAAGAGAGAGAUCGAUGUAUUGCCAUUUCAUCGAUCUCUACUUUGAUCGACAAGAAAUUAAAUAAAAUAAAAAAUUCGAUUCAUUUAUUCCUCUUCUCAAUAACAACAGAAUCCACAGGCGCAGUCACAUUGCAACAUGUAGAGCAUUUCUUUCGCUAUUUAGAACCGUUCCUUCGAAGAUUUCUCGGACCGUGAGCAUGGAAAGCGUUGCCGCGCAGCUGAAGCGCGGCAUCUCGCGGCAGUUCUCGGCGGGGUCGCUGCGGAAGAACCUUUCGCGCCAGUUCACGCGGCAGGCCUCGCUGGAUCCGCGGCGGAACAAUCUCCGAUUCAGCUUCGGACGCCAGUCCUCGCUCGAUCCAAUUCGGCGGAGUCCGGCCUCCGACCAGGCGAAGCUUACGGUCCCCGAGAAUCUGGACUCGACGAUGCAGCUUCUGUUCAUGGCCUGUAGAGGUGAUGUUAAGGGAGUGGAGGAUUUGCUCGACGAAGGCAUUGACGUCAAUAGUAUCGACCUUGACGGCCGCACCGCCCUCCACAUCGCCGCCUGCGAGGGCCACGUCGAAGUUGCUAGGCUCUUGCUCACGCGCAAGGCCAACAUCGACGCUCGUGAUCGCUGGGGCAGUACGGCAGCGGCUGAUGCAAAAUAUUAUGGAAAUACAGAAGUUUAUUACAUGUUGAAGGCCCGUGGAGCAAAAGUGCCGAAAACCAGAAAGACUCCAAUGACUGUUGCAAAUCCUCGUGAAGUUCCAGAAUAUGAACUCAACCCAUUAGAACUACAGGUUCGGAAGAGUGAUGGUAUUUCAAAGGGAACAUAUCAAGUAGCAAAAUGGAAUGGCACAAAGGUUGCAGUGAAGAUACUUGACAAGGACAGUUAUUCAGAUCCUGAAACCAUAAAUGCUUUCAAACAUGAACUCACAAUAUUAGAAAGGGUGCGACAUCCUAAUGUGGUCCAGUUUGUUGGAGCUGUCACCCAAAAUAUACCUAUGAUGAUUGUGCGUGAGUACCAUGCUAAGGGUGACCUGGCAAGCUAUCUUCAAAAGAAAGGGCGUUUGUCCCCAUCAAAAGUUCUACGGCUUUCUCUUGAUAUUGCUAGGGGCAUGAACUAUCUUCAUGAGUGCAAACCAGAUCCGGUUAUCCACUGUGAUUUAAAGCCAAAAAAUAUUUUGCUGGAUAAUGGAGGGCAAUUGAAAAUAGCUGGAUUUGGCACUGUGGGAUUUUCGCUAAUCUCACCUGAUAAAGCAAAGCUGGUAGAGCCCGAGGCUACCAUUGACCGUUCAAGCUUGUACGUGGCACCGGAAAUUUACAAAGACGAUGUAUUUGAUAGAAGUGUGGAUGCAUAUUCUUUUGGUCUCAUUGUAUAUGAGAUGAUAGAGGGUGUACAGCCCUUACAUCCCAAGCCCCCGGAGGAGGCAGUGAAACUGUUGUGCUUAGAAGGGAAAAGACCCCCAUUCAAGAUCAAAACAAAACAUUAUCCUCCGGAUUUGAAAGAAUUGAUUGAGGAAUGUUGGGAUCCACAACCUGUUGUCAGGCCAACAUUUUCUCAGGUCAUUGUACGGCUGGACAAAAUUGUUGCAAAUUGCUCAAAACAAGGAUGGUGGAAAGAUACUUUUAAACUUCCUUGGUAUGUUUCCUUGACUGAUUACCUCCAUAUAGAAUGCUGAUUUCUUUGGAGGAAUUCAAAAUGGUGGAUGUGUUCAUAUGUUCACCUUGAAAUGCUAAAAUCCAUCAUGCCUUGAGGUUGUUCGAUUUGAGCAAUGCUUGUUGCAAAAAGACUGAUAUCACUGUUCUACUUGUUAUGAACUUUCUUUGCUGUCUUCUAAACUGGCAUUACAUUUCAAUGUGUGCAGGAAAUAAAUAUUAAGUUACAUACCACAUAAUAACAAUGAAGACAUCAAGUUCCGGGUUGCAUCCCCAACAUCAAUUUGUGAGCAUCAUGUUGUACUGUUAACAGCCAUUGCAAUUAAUAAUUUCGGAACUCGAAUAAUAUUAACUUGAGCUUGGAUUUGAGCAUGAAAAUGAGAUUCAACGGCUCCACCUUUGUUCUCUGUCCACCAGAGGGUCUGGAACAGGUCCUCCUCGUAAAAUGUACUAUGAACGACAUAUAUUAUUUAUUCUCAGAAAUUUUCUAAUAAAAAUAUGUAUCUAUGCUCAUCGAUCGACUACCACGUGCUCCAAGUUAGAAACGGGUGCUAUUUGUGACUGUUGCACGAUAUAUGUUGUGUGUUUUAUAUGGAGCUGGUUUUUGUCCCCCAAUAGUCAAAGCCGCCAAUGCCGUUGCUGUUGCUGUGGUGUUAGGCGAACGUUUAGUUGCUAAAACAAUUCAUUAUAUUUUGUGACAUCAUUCAAGCUCUUCAACGACCACUGCAGAAAAGUAUAUAACAUGCAGAGUUUUUUGUGCUACAAUAACUUUUGUGAAAAUAGGUUUGAUUAUUUUUGCUGGGGGGAUUUUAGUUUUUUCUCAAAACCCAAGCCAGUUUUACAAGAUAGAGAAAUUGGAAUGUCGAAGUUCAGUCUCAGAAUGCGUUCAUCUCAGAGAGUGAAUGACUCCUCCCGGCGUCGUCUCGUCUCGUCUCUUCUGCUUUCAGAGGCUUUGGAGUUUCUCUUUCGCUUCGUCUUCUUUUCUUCCCAGUCCUUUUGCUUCACAUCUUCGUUGAAUGCAGCAGAAGCAUGUUCAGGUGUAGGGAAUCAUCUAUCCAACCGGUUUGAGAUUUGCUUCUCAAUGCCGUGUCACGAUUAGACAAAAACAAAAUAAACAUGCGUUUUGUGUUUUGUACUUUCCUCACUCUGCCAAACCAAAUGAGCAAUCUAAUUAAUAAAGUUUAAGUAAUUU